AUGGCUGAUGAAUUAGAUGUUGAAGCAAUGUUAGAAGCUCCUUUUCAAAAGGGCCAGGAAUCCUCGGUUACUCACAGCACUAACGGAAAAAGUCGAUCGGACCAAAAAGACGAUAUAAAAAGUGAUGAACGACGACGUCAUCGAAGUUCCUCGAGAACUUCUAGUCACCGACAUAGAUCACAUUCUAGAUCUCGUCGUUCGCGAAAGUCACGUUCUAGAUCUCGCGAUAGACACAAAAGACAUCGUAGUCGAACUAGAUCGCGUGAAAGAAGACGAAGGAGCCGUACUCGUUCUAGGGAAAGGCGUAGAAGAAGUCGUAGCACACGCAGAAAGAGUCGUAGCCCAAGCAGAUUUAGUGACCGUCGGCGGCGUUCACCGACUCCUCCUUUAGACGAAGAAGAACGUGAUAAACGUACAGUAUUUGUUAUGCAAUUAGCUGCGCGUCUUCGAACUCGAGAACUUGCUGAUUUUUUUUCAUCGGCUGGCAAGGUUCGAGAUGCAAAAAUUAUUGCUGAUAGAAUAUCCAGAAGAUCAAAAGGGGUCGGUUAUGUCGAAUUUUAUGAUGAAGAAUCUGUUCCGAAAGCUUUAGCCUUGACUGGGCAAAAACUUCUAGGAAUUCCAGUGAUCGUACAAUUGACCGAGGCGGAAAAAAACAGGCAGGCUAGAUUAGCAGAACAAGCAGCUUCCCAUGCAACAGAUAUUGCUUAUCAUCGGUUGUACGUUGGGUCGGUUCAUUUUAAUUUGACAGAAGAUGAUUUGAGACAAGUUUUUGAGCCUUUUGGGCCAUUAGAAUUUGUUAACCUACAUAAAGAUCCAGAAACUGGUCGAUCUAGAGGCUUUGCCUUUAUUCAAUACAAAAAUCCCGAAGAUGCUAAACAAGCAUUAGAAAAAAUGAAUGGAUUUGAAUUAGCUGGAAGAACGAUUAAAGUAGGUCUUGUUACCGACAAGAGUAACGGAAUGAAUUUGAAUCUUGAUGAUGGUGAUGUUGCUGGUUUAGCUCUCAACGCACAAUCUCGGGUUGAAUUGAUGCAAAAGUUAGCUCGCGAUACUGACCUAAUUGCUCCUGCAUCUGUGCCAGCUUUAUCGGAAGUGCCACGUCCUGUUCAGCCAAGAGUGAAUCCAACCCGUUGCGUCUUGUUAAAAAAUAUGUUCAAUCCUGAAGAAGAAACUGAACAAAAUUGGGCUGAGGAACUCGAAGAAGACGUAAAAGGAGAAUGUGUCAAAUAUGGUGCGGUUGUUCAUAUUAGCGUUGACAGAGAAUCAGAAGGAGAUAUUUAUAUGAAAUUUGAUAAUGUUGCAUCUGCUAAAAAUGCAGUGAAUGGCCUCAAUGGACGAUGGUUUGGAGGCAAUCAAAUCACAGCGGUGUUUAUUCUCGAUAUGUUUUAUAACGCUCGAUUCCCAAAAGCAGCAAAUCUAUGA